UUUCAGUCUCGAGAGCUGUGUUCCCUUUUUCUUUCCAUUCUCUGUUUUCUCUCUCAGCGACUCCUGCGUGCUUCCCCAUCACCAUUCACCACAAAAUCUUCAACUUCAACAACAACAAAAAGAACAAGAAAUGUUCCAAAGCUUGUAUUUGGCAUUGCCUUUUUCAACAAAUCCAUGUGAUUUUCCACUUACAACAUUGCUUUCUCCCCACUUCUCGCCAUGAACACAGGUUUAGAGCAAGGUAAUUUGGACACAUCUCCUGGGCAAAGUUUAGAUGGAAGUUUUAGAAAGUUCAUUUCUGGUUUUCUUCAAAAUGGCUUAGACUUGUCUCCAGCUCAAAGUCUGGAUGGAAGUUUUCGAAAAUCGCACUCUGCUCAAUCUGGGCAUAGUCCAUCUGGCACUGCCACGUCAGGCAAGUUUGUUCCUGUUUCAAGAAGAGCAUAUAAAGUGCUGAAGGACUAUAAAAGAAAACUGAUUGAUUUUGAAAUCUUUAAUCAGAGUAUUGAGGAUUGGGUUGUGGAGAACACUUCCUCCCAUUCGGCAGAUGAUGAACCGAAUUUUCCAUCUCCGUUUGCUAUCGAGGAACUUCGCCAGUUGGACUUGGCAUUAGAAGGAGUUUUGUUUCAGCAACUGUUUCGUAUGCCAUGUUCACCUUUCUCUGAUGAUCUAAUAGAAGACGAAUUUCUUGCACUUGAAGACUUCUUUCAUGCUAUCAUAAACGGUUUGUGGCGCACAUUUUGGCACAAGAGCGGACCCUUGCCUUUCUUCAUAUCCUGCCCCCGUCACUUAGGAUCCAAAUUCUAUACCGUUGAAAAGGCGAUAUCGAGGGGAAAGGUAGGAGAACUACAAGGUUUGUGUUUGAUUUCUAGAGCUGGAGGUGAGCUGCAAGUUCGUUGGGAUCAAGUGGUGCAGUUUACUUUAUUCAAGCCUAAUGCAUUAUCAGAAGACGAGCUGAAGUUAUCGGCUCGCGCUGUUUGUGAAGCUCUCUUUUAUGGUUUACAUUUACUCAUCUCUAGGAGUUUAAGCAAAAUCAGUACUAUCAACACCAAUGAUUCUGUUUCCAUUUUUAUUUUGGAUUCAAAAUAUGGUGGCGUAGUAAAACUCGGCGGGGAUCUUAGCAGACUUGACAUUAACUCAACUAACCCCUACCAUUCUGCAGUUGAAUGGAUGAGAAAUUAUGCUCAAGUAAGCGUUUCGCCAGUCGACCGUAUAUGGAACAAACUCGGAAAUGCAAACUGGGGAGACUUGGGAACUCUUCAGAUCUUAUUGGCAACUUUCUACUCCAUCAUCCAGUGGCAUGGUCUGCCAAGAAAGCCCAUUACUUCUUUAGCAUCAGACCAUAGUUUGCGUUUACAUAAGCGUUGGAUGGAGUUUCGAGUUUCUGAGAGUGAAAAUACAAUAGUUCCUUAUGAUCAUCCAGGAGAGAUUGUUGAAGUUGAGCAGAUGGAUGAUCAUGUGUACAAGAACCAAGCAUCCCGUUUGAAGCUUCGUCCGGGGGAAAUAUUGGUAGUUGAUGAUCAAAGACAAGGGCAAAAGAGCUUUCAGGUGCAGGGAUCAUUGGUAGAUGUUAGUAACUGUUCUCUAUACACUGCUGUUUCUGUAGAUUAUCCUGCAGAGUUGUUGACACUUUAUGUCGGUGCUCACGUGUCAAAGCUCGAGCCGUCUUGGGAGGAUAUGAGUCUUUGGUAUCAAGUACAGAGGCAAACAAAAGUACUCAACAUCUUGAAGCUGCAAGGCAUUUCAAGUAGAUGUUUACCUGAAAUAAUUGCCUCUGGUCGAAUUCUACAUUCCGGUCCCUGUAAGAAGCAGACAUCGGGAGGCCGGUGUGAUCACCCCUGGUGUGGGACACCGGUGCUUUUGACAUCACCGGUUGGCGAGCCACUUUCAUGUAUCGUGGCUCGGGAUGGCCCGUUUUCCUCCGAAGAGGCGAUUCGUUGCUGUAGAGACUGUCUAGCUGCUCUAAGAAGUGCAUCUCUAGCUAGUGUCCAGCAUGGUGAUAUCUGUCCUGAGAACAUAAUACGCGUUGUAGACGUGCAAGAAUCAAGAAAUGGUUUCUUAUACAUUCCCAUAUCUUGGGGACGCGCCGUUUUGGAGGAUCGGGACAGCCCGGCCGUGAACUUACAAUUCUCAUCCUCACAUGCUCUCCAACAUGGGAAGCUCUGCCCAUCUUCAGAUGCUGAGAGCUUAAUUUAUCUCCUCUACUUCGUUUGCGGUGGAUCGAUCGAGCAACAAGACUCCAUAGAAUCUGCAUUGCAGUGGAGGGAAACCAGCUGGGCGAAGCGGAUAAUUCAGCAGCGCCUGGGCGAGGUUUCGGCUCUGUUGAAGGCAUUUGCUGAUUAUGUGGACAGCCUUUGUGGAACGCCCUACAUGGUCGACUACGAUGUAUGGUUGAAGAGACUGAGUCGAGUGGAAACGGGCAAAACAGUUGAGGAAGUUGCUAUAACAUUGAAGUUGGAAGAUGUGGCUGAGUCUUCAGGAACAUCAGCAGCUGGUGGUUAAGUUUCAUUCUAAUGACUUCAGCUUGUUUAUUAUUCCAUUGCUAAGGUUUGAGUUUUGGAUUUUGAACAGUUUCUUGCUUUUCUUUUUCUUUCAAAAAAUGAGAUAUGAAAUCUAUGAUUUUUACCAUUUUAUCCUCAUUUUGGGGCAUAUGAUUUUGUGAAGUAUGCUACCACAUUGCAAUUGAAGUAAAUUGUUACCAAUGUAAAUGUAUAAUUUGUGCUCAAGUUUAUGAAAUCAUGUUGAUGCUUUUCCA